GUCAUAGCUGUAUAUAUAAGCUAUUUUACGGCAAACUGUUUGAAAGCGUACGUUAGUCGAGCAUUUACCUCGUUUGUUAACCUAAGUCAUAAUCAUGGUUAUCAGAGUGAUUUUAAUAUUUUACUUUCUGCGUUUUGCGCAGUCAGAGGUGUUAGAACUAACAUGCAGUCAGAUACGUGAAUUUGUCGACGGACACAAUAUACGUCGUCUCCAGCUCGCUCGAGGGGAAGUACCCAACCAGCCGGCUGCUUCGGAAAUGAGACUAAUGGUAUGGGACGAGGAGCUAGCGGCGAAGGCGGCGGAUUGGGCAUCCAAUAACAGAUUUGCGCACAAUCCCGAUAGAACUGUUGCAUCGCGCCGGUUUACCACUGGAGAGAACAUUUACUACGCGGGAAAUUCUGACAUGGACUGGCAACUUAACAUCGAUUCCGCAUUGGAAGCCUGGUUCAUUGAGUACGAGGAUUUCGAGUUUGGGCCCCUCACUCCCGGCCACUUCAGAAAUUCCGACAAACCUAUAGGACAUUACACUCAGAUGGCGUGGUGGAAUACAGUUUACAUUGGAUGCGGAAUAUCAGAGAACUUUGAGGACGACAUGAAAGUAUACUACGUCGUUUGUAACUACGGACCACCAGGUAACUACAUGCGUCAGGCACCAUACAAAGCGGAGGGCGCGAGCGACGAACUGACCUGUAUCGGCGACCAAUGUGACAACGAGUAUGGAAGCGAGUGCUGAUGUUAAAAUUUAUUAUUUAAAAUACUCUAGAAGCUUUCCAAAUGUGCCACACCAAAUUACGCCACAGUGGCAAAAAUGUCGCCUGGCACAUAAUU